CCGACGAAGAUUUGCGGACGAAGAAAUGCGGACGAAAUAUUGCGCGACGAAGAAAUGCCAUACGAAGAUUUGUCCGGUUACGAUCGAUAACGUGUUGAUAAAAUAUUUGAAUAUCUUUUUUCUGGAUAUUGCUUUAGGAACCGCCUGAACCUCCACCGCUGCGCACGAUGAGCGUCCGAAGCGGCACCACGAAGGACAAGGGCACGGGGAUCCUCUCCAGUACCAGCAAGUCCGUCCCCAUCAGACUACCUCAAGAGGCUAUAUCGGAGGAGAGUCUGCUCGCCAAGGAUACCAUCACACCAGAGGAUGUGCUUCGGCUGCAAAAACCCACACAGAAUUACCUGUGUAGCACGGAUGCCAACAUUUACAACAUCGACUUCACCCGGUUCAAGAUCCGAGACCUGGAGACGGGUUCGGUGCUGUUCGAGAUCGUGAAACCCACAACGGAGGAAGGCCCCGGGGAGGGCACAGAGAGCCCCGACCUGCCGCCAGAGGCCAGUCGCAUGGUGCGCUACCACUUCACGCCCAAGUUCCUCAAACUGAAAAUGGUCGGAGCGACUGUCGAGUUCACUAUCGGACCGAAGCCCGUCAACAACUUUCGAAUGAUCGAGCGUCACUUUUUCCGCAACAAGCUUCUGAAGACGUUUGACUUUGAGUUCGGCUACUGCAUCCCCAACUCGAAGAACACGUGUGAACACAUCUACGAGUUUCCCAGGAUCCACCCGGACAUGGCCGCGGAGAUGAUUCGCUCUCCAUUCGAGACGCGCUCGGACAGUUUCUACUUCGUCGAUAACCGACUCGUCAUGCACAACCAGGCAGAGUACGCGUACGAUGCUUAGCGGCCACCCUCAGCGGUCACACCGCGACGACAGUGACAUCUGGUGGGGAGCCGAGGGGCGACCUGGCUGACAUCUGUCGGUGGGUCUCAGAACCACUGGUUUUCGACAUAUUUUUCUUUCUUUCCGGAAUAUCGCGACUCUUCUUAUACUGAGAAGGUAGAAGCUAAUGUAGCUUAUGUAGAAGCUAAAAAAAAACUUAGGGUUUGUAGCUGGUAAUUUUUUGCAUUUGAACAUCGUUUAAUUUGGCUUUUCCAUUUGGUCCCUUACGUGCAAUAUAUUCAUAACGUGGCUGUCAUUUUCACAGCCAGCGUUCUUCCUUAUGGCCAACUCUUUUACCGCUAUUAUCUUCUCAACUCGUGUAUCGGUAGCGCACAAGGUAUCAACUUUUCGUCGAUCAUCGCACAAAUGUGAAAAUUUGGUGAUAACUGAAAUCACACACGCACAAUUUUUAUGUAGAAGCUAAACUGAACGACAGGCUUUAGCAACGUAUCGAUGUAAAAGUGUGGUCUGACACCGUUACGUCGAUCUGACGUGCAAAUGUAAACUCCGUGUAAAUGUCACUUUAGUGUCUUAUGCGUAUUGUGCUGUUUGAUCUCUUUUUCUUCUCGGGACUUUGGUCGUGUAGCACAUCUGUAUUGUAUUUAUGUAUGCUCUGAAGAGUAGUUCGAGGUUUAACAAAACUACUGGACGUUUUGUGACACAUAUAAUUCAUCAAUGUUGAUCAAAAGGCCGACUGGGAAUUCACUUAAAGCGUGGUUUGCUGCUUUAAGAAAGACACUUACCCGAAAUAAGUAGGUUAUUAACACGUGUUUGAGCAAAAUGUCGUCGUCAGCACAACUAUCUAUAAAACUCUAAAGAAAACAUGACAACGCUCAUAAAACUGACAACGUAUAAGCCGAAACGCUCUUAUGUGCAAAUUCUUCAUUGCAUGCAUACUUGUGUAAUUGACAUACCUUACGGUUAGCCCAUGUCAUAGACAGUAUAUAUUUUUAUCAUAUGUUUUGAGAAGUUGGUCGGACUUCUUGUUAUUAUUGUUGCAUUGCUAUCAACGAAUCCUAAUUUGUCAUUCUUGUUUAUCCAGAGUCCGAACGAUAUCUAGUCAGUUUGUGAUAGAUAGUUUUUAAGCCUAUUGAGUGUAAAAGCAUGUUUGAUGUUUUGUGUAACUAUUCAGGAUUCGCCAAUUCGCUUACGUGUGCCAUUGUAUCUUCUUCGAACCAAAGGCAUCCUUGAACACUUGAACAAUAAAGUUUUGUCCAAUGUCAUC